UGACGAUAUGUACCAUCCGUGACACCGAGACCCUGAGCGACCUUGCUCCUUCCUUCCUUGUACUCCGCCACCUUAAUAGGCCAUCCGGCCCUAUUUUCACUCCUUUUCCUUCCCCAAACGUCGACGAUGUCCUCUCAUACCCACUCGUCCUCCACCGCCAACGUCGUCGGCGUCCACUAUCGCGUUGGCAAGAAAAUCGGGGAAGGCUCCUUCGGUGUCAUCUUCGAGGGGACCAACUUGCUCAAUUCUCAGACCGUCGCCAUCAAAUUCGAACCCCGGAAAGCUGAAGCGCCUCAGCUCCGUGAUGAAUGUCGGUCGUAUCGUAUACUGUCGGGCUGCACUGGAAUCCCUCAAAUAUAUCAUUUCGGUCAGGAAGGUCUCCAUAAUAUCUUGGUGAUAGACCUUCUUGGUCCAAGUCUAGAGGAUCUCUUUGACAUGUGCGGUCGCAAAUUCUCAAUCAAGACCGUAUGUAUGGCUGCCCGGCAAAUGCUUACAAGAGUGCAGACGAUCCAUGAAAAGAAUCUCAUAUAUCGUGAUAUUAAACCAGAUAAUUUUUUGAUUGGCCGACCUGGCACCAAAGGAGCAAACGUCAUACAUGUUGUCGACUUUGGCAUGGCUAAACAAUACCGCGAUCCCAAGACGAAACAGCACAUACCGUAUCGGGAACGGAAGAGUUUGAGCGGAACUGCGCGAUACAUGAGCAUCAACACCCAUCUGGGCAGAGAACAAUCACGACGAGACGAUCUAGAAGCCUUGGGCCAUGUCUUCAUGUACUUCCUAAGAGGAAGCUUACCAUGGCAGGGGCUUAAGGCCGCGACGAAUAAGCAAAAGUACGAGAAGAUUGGAGAGAAGAAGCAGACGACACCCAUCAAAGAGUUGUGCGAAGGCUUCCCCGAGGAGUUCGGAAUAUAUCUGAACUAUGUCCGCAAGCUGGGAUUUGAGGAAGCGCCUGAUUAUGAAUUCCUUCGCGAACUUUUUUCCAAAGUUAUCAAGACCAAUAACGACACUGAUGAUGGAGUCUUUGAUUGGAACUUACUAAAUGCUGGAAAGGGCUGGGAAGCAUCAGCGGGCCAGCAAACCCAAAUAUUGACGCAAAUGCAAAACGCCGGCCUUAGCCCGGACCGUCGACGCGAGCACCGCGACUCCGACCGACGGAGAGUUUCGCAGGGUGGAAACAUCGCACCUCCCUCACCGGCCCUUGUCAGACACGGUUCGAAGCAGCGCAAAAUACCCACCGCCCUUACACCUGGCGGAAAUAACACGGGCCAGAUCACACCCCACUCUGCUGCCGCCCAGGUUAACAUACCUGUGGGCUCAGGCCGAGGCGCACAACAUCCCUACGCCAAUGUUUCGGGUGGUGGCUAUGAUUAUGGGCGGGAAGCAGAUGAGGGUUAUAUGGGGCAGUAUGGACGAGCGUCGCCGAUGCUGUCAAGCGUAGGUGCUGCUCCGCCGGUGGUGAGUAAUGCACGAGCAAGGGGAGGCGACGUUGGUGUAUCAGGGGAGUAUGGCCAGGAAGUGGACGAACCACCGCACAAGAUGACUUUACUUAGGAUUCUAACGUGUCGGUGUGGUUAAGGACCUUCAUAAUGAUUGUUGUUCUUUUUUUCCCUUUCUCCUUGCAUUGCUCUCAUACCUUUGGCAUAUCAUCAGUCCAUUCCUUUCUUUAUACCCAUUUUAUCUGACUUGCCUAAUUUCAUGCUCUACGUAGGUUUUAUGGUGCUGUUGCUGGCACGGUAUCAGGGAUUAUUUUUUACGAGGCAGGAUAAUUGAAUGACGCAUCUAGCCAUGAUUCCGUAGAGCGAGAUCUCAAACGCCACACUAACAAUGAAGGAGGAACAUACGACAUAA